AUGAUUGUGUCAAAGUGCGCAGCAUCCCGUAGCAGAGCACAGGCGACAGGUGUGACCCGACGUAAGCUGUCGGAUAGUGGUGAGGGUUUCGAUGAAGAGGCAAUCUUGGAGGACUGCUUAGCACUCGAGGCAGAGCUCGGAAUUUCGCGUCCAGAACCGCCUCCAUCUGCUCACGGCGACCGGUCAAGGCGCAUCGCAGAGCUAGUGUCUAUGUUCUACGAGGCGGCAUCGUCCUAUGAAUCGAUGCAAAGUAGACAGCAGACGGGAGGUGGAGUCACCGCCUCACCCACUUUUCCAGGGCAAAGCCCAGUGCACCCACAUAGUCAGUAUCCGAAAACUCAGGGUUUUGUUGUGGCCUACCCUGGCGGACAUACUUACUGGCAAAAUGUUCAAGUGCAUGCACCUAGUGGAAGCUUUGGCCCAGGCCAGGCAGUUUCACCUCUGGACCCCAGUCCAUGGAUAGGUGAAACGUCGACAACCAGUCAUAUUCAGGGAGCAUCGGGACAGGAGCCACCAUCGUGGGUCGCUAAUACCGGAUCAGGAGGCUACGUGCGGCAUAGGGCAGCUCCAGCGGUUCGACUGUUACCAAAGCCUAGCGGCAGACAAGAUGGUGAUUACGGAGCCGACAACCACCCGUAUGUCCGGAUUCCAGUGUUGCAGCAAGGGGUCGUCCCUAAAAAGUUCCGGCCUUCUGCUAUUUUUGCAGACAAGUUGACCGAUACGAUGAUCUACCUGCCGAUGCUUAGCUUGAGAAGCUUGUUUUCGAAGCAGUCGCUUAACCAGGAAGACGCGGACAAUCUAAUUACCGCAUCGGAGGCUUUGGCUCGUGCCGCAUGGGUGAAUGCGCUCACGUGUCCGAGGUUGACGAGUCCCUCUUUUGCCAAUGAAUUCUUAGGGAGGUCCUUCUUGGCACUUGACUCCCUUGUUUGCACCUUUCAAGUUCUGGGGGACCGCAUGCAGAAGCCUGUGUGGUGGGAAGAAUUCAUUGCAGCUUUUGACACGAAUUACGACUUCCGCGGAGAGCGAAGCAGGGGAUGCACACAAAGGUACAUUCGUCAGUUUGCAAACCGUUUACUUGCUGCCCUGAAUAUCUACAAAACGGGGGGCCGCCCACCUGCAGAUGAGGUGAUUGUGCUCAAACGACUGUUGUUCUCUACUAAAUGUUCUCCGAAAGAAUUCCAGGACCCUAUCUGGGAUCCAUGGAGGGAAGAUGAUGAACUUUUCGUGGCGCAUGGUUAUCAUGCUGGCUGA